AUGGUCUGCGACCUUGAGGUAGUUGGGCACCGGCGACGAUAUCUUCAUUUCCAUCCACACGAAUCACGUCCCAGUGGUCACGAUUGGGCGCGACCCCAUGAGUCCUCUGCUGAUGUGCAGCACCUUCCCGAAGGGAAACAACACUUGCGCGAGAACCUCGCUGGGGACGCGGUACGGCAGGAACAUAACGGUGACUUGAGUGACUUGGUGUCCCAAGGGUACGACAGCAACGCGCUCUCCUCUGAUGAUGAGGUGCGUGGGGACGAGCCCGGUGGCGGUCAGGCUUCCGCCUCGUCCUCGUCCAAGGGAGCUCGGACGCUGGACAAGUUGAGCGGUGGCGAGUACAUCCGGAGUCUCGGCGGCCGUCACCUUGACAAAAUCAGCGGCGGCGAAUUGCUACGCUCUGCCGACGAUGCCGAGCUGCUCCGUUCGCUGGUGCUGCCGUAUGCUCUGCGGGGACUCUCCCCUUCCUCGCUCGGCUCUGGUUCUCGUCGUGGAUUGGACAAGAUAGGCGGUGGCGAGUACAUUCGUGCCACGGGUGCUCUUCCAUCUAAAAGGUUCGACUCUCUAAGCGGACUGACCUUCGGUGGCGACCACGGUGGCCUCGGCAAGCGCGGAUACGGUCACGGCGAGUUCGACGAGAUCGACCACGCCGGGUGGCCGGGUUUCUACAAGCGAAACUUCGACGAGAUCGACAGGACCGGCUUUGAGGGCUUCUACAAGCGCUCGGCCCGGGAAGAAUGAGCGCCCCGAAGACGCGGGCACUGUUCCACCUGCCUCACCACACGUCAUCCCUCAGUCGUCGCCACCUGUCAAUCACUUUAGGCUACCCCUCAUCGUUCCUGCUUCAGCACCUCUUCCAUUCGUAGCUCUCCAUUCCAGCUCGUCGUCAAGGAACUACCACUCAUAGACCAAGGAUACGAACCCACGCGGGUCAAUUGCAACAACCCUGAAGUUUAGCCAGACUGCUCCUUGUGCCGCUUCUUUUCAAGCUAUAGCAUAGGCUCAGUCACAAUGGCGUCGGCUUUACUAAAUCUGUAGCUCCGAGCCCAACGCCAAGCACAUGCCGAAUAUAUGUGUUUUUUUUAGGGCACAGCCUAUAUAGCACCAUCACCAACCACCCCCUUCAUCGUUAGCUAUACUUUGAUUAACUCCUCACGUGAUCGAUGUUUAACUUCACUCCCUUUCUAU